GGAGGAGAGGACGGUGAAGCAGCUCAGGCUGGCCAAGGCGCUGACGCUCCCGGAGGCCACCACGGUGUACGAGGCGUGCCGGACGAUGGCCACCAGGCUCGUCGACGCCGCGCUGCUCACCGACGCCAACGGGAUACUCUCCGGCAUCGUCACGGCCGAGGACGUAUCCGGUCGAGUGAUAGCUGAGGGUCUCAAGCCCGAGGAAACAAAUGCGGCCAAGGUGAUGACGCGGAAUCCUGUUUUUGUCGAGGCCAACUCAUCAGCCACCGAUGCACUGCAGAAGAUGGUCCAAGGGAAAUUUAGGCAUCUUCCGGUAGUGGAACACGGUGAGGUCAUUGGCAUGCUGGACAUUACAAAAUUCCUCUAUGAUGCAAUUGCGAGAAUGGAGAAGGCAGCAGAACAAGGCAGUGCUAUAGCAGCUGCUAUAGAAGGGGUCGAACGGCAAUGGAAAUCGGAAUUUGCAGGUCCACACAAAUUCAUAGAAAAUCUUCGAGGCCAGAUGUUCAAGCCAUCCUUGUCAACUAUCAUAACUGAAAAUACAAGUGUUCCAUCGGUAUCUCCUUCAGACCCAGUAACUGCAGCUGCGAAAAAGAUGAGAGAAUACCGCGUCAACUCGGUGGUUGUCAUGGCAGGGAGCACGUUGCAAGGAAUUCUCACUUCCAAGGAUUUGGUUUGGCGGGUGGUGGCACGUAGUCUGUCCCCAGAGGUGACUCGCGUAGAAAAGGUCAUGAGUGCAUGUCCUGGUUGUGCUACGUGUGACACAUCAAUCCUGGAGGCUCUAAAAUCAAUGCAACAUGGAAGAUUUCGUCAUAUUCCUGUAGCAGACAAAAGAGGACAGAUCGUCGCAUGCUUGGAUGCACUUCAGUUAACCCACGCAGCCCUCUCCGUGGUUGAGGAAGCAUCUGGACCUAACAAUGUGGCAAAUACUAUGGUUGAGAAGUUUUGGGAUUCAGCUCUUGCCUCGCAUCCUGCAGAGGAACAUGAUUCACAUAGUGAUGAAUCUCAUAAUGGUACAGUAGCAUCAGACGAUGCUGGAGGAAAGCUUAUACCCCCUCAUGUUGGCAAUGCAUUCUCUUACAAAAUUGAAGAUACAGAAGGGCGGAUGCAUAGAUUCAGUUGCGUUUCAGAAACCUUAGGUGCACUUGUGUCUGCUGUAACACACAGAUUGGGGAUGGAAAACGAGAAAGCACAUGUCAACCUUCUGUACAAUGACGAUGAAGGUGACAGAGUUCUUCUUGCUACCGACAGCGACCUCAUCGCAGCAAUUGAGCAUGCCAGAUCUGCUGGAUGGAAGGUUCUGAGACUGCACAUGGACGGUCAGUCCGAGACCGGGGUGCAGUCCACUUCGUCGCUCGUCGAUACCUCGACGCCGCAGAGAGGCUUGUCGUCUCUCCGGCUAGGUAUCGUGGCCAGCGGGGUCGCCGUUGCCAGCGUCGGAGUAAUCGUCUACUUGAGGCGCUCUGUGCUCUGACUUCAGUUUCUGUAUACAUAUGAGGCUCACACCAGUAACGGCUGCAACACGGCGCUAAACAUGUAUCUUACUGUACACUAUAUUUUGUUUUCGGUGGUUUGCAUCCACUGUUGUCAGGUCCAGUGAGUGUUUUUUCCUUUUCUUCAGCGACAGGGUGUGUGUUCAGCUGUUCAUUGCCAGCAGGUUUGGCGUCUGUUUCCUCUGUCGUUGUGUGGUUCCUCCAGAUGAACUAACGAGGAUAGUACUGGUU